AUGAAAAAACGACCGGCGGACGAUUUGAAACCUAAUCAGCCUGAUAACCAGCCAUUUCCGACCUCACAAAGCACGCAAGAACCGGAGGGCUCGCAAACACUGCGGAAGUCGUGGGUCUGGAAGUACUUUGUUGACAAAGUGGACAGCGACAAGUACAAAAUCAAUGAGUGA